GAAAUUUUGGGAAACGAGUCGACUUUUAAAACAAUUUUAUCGAUGUUUGUAUAAGGUUAUCGAUAUUUAAAACAUCUUCACGUUGACAUGACUAUAAACAGUUAUAAGACUCACCUCGUCGAGAUGAGACUGCUUUUGUUGACUGUUUUUUUAUUAUCACAAAACUUUGUUUAUAGCCGAAAGUUAAAAAAUGUGUUCUCUUGGAAGCAAAUCAGUUAUAAUAUAGACGGUGUUCUGUACGAUAAGGAUUCUGACUCAUUGAAUGGAAAAGAAAAUUUUAUCCAAUACAACAACGUACCAAUAGGAUUCGAAGUGUACAAAGAACGGGUUUUCGUUACCGUUCCUAGACGGAGAUUCGGUAUACCCUCGACUCUCAACAUAGUGACCAGGUCAUCUAGAAGUCCAGCUCUAACUCCGUAUCCUGGAAGUGAACACCUCGUUUCCGUGUAUCGACCUAGAAUUGACGUCUGUGGAAGACUCUGGAUGGUUGACACUGGCCUUUUGGAAGUUCCUGGUAACAGAAGUCAGUUACAGAAACCAGCAAUCGUUGUUUACGAUCUGAAAACUGAUAAGCAGUUAUUGAAGUACGAAUUGAAAGAUUCUGAUCUGGUCAGCGAUAGAUCCUCUGGUGGACUGACAUCUAUUACUGUGGAUGUGACAGCCAACGACUGUGAUGAUGCCUUCGCCUACAUCAAUGACCUGGCAACUAACGGGAUAAUAGUGUUCUCGUUGAAGGCCAGGGACAGCUGGAGAGUUAGCCAUCCUAGCUUUGCAGCUGAUGAAACAGCCCUUAACUUCACUGUUGCUGGUUAUCCUAUAAAUUGGAAGGAUGGUGUAUUCAGUAUAGCUCUGUCGGGAACAGGCGACGGCGGAACAGCUUAUUUCCAUCCACUGGCAUCUCUCCAGGAAUAUUCCAUAAGUAUCCAAGAUUUAAAGGAUGGAAAAACGGAUAGCAUACAGCAUCUAGGCACAAGAGGUAAAAAUUCUCAGAGCGGAUCCCACGACUAUCACAGAAAAACAAAAACAUUGUUUUUCGCCAACGUAGCGCAGGACGCCAUCUUGUGUUGGAACGUGGGAAACAAAAUGGCGCCCGAGAAUAUCGGUGUCGCUGUACAAGAUCAUAAAAAACUAGUUUAUAUUUCAGAUUUAAAAGUUAUCGGCGACGAGGUGUGGGUUCUUGUUAACCAGAUGCCCAGAUUUAUCUACUCGGUUCUCAAUACUAAUGAAGAUAAUUAUUUCAUAUUCAGAUCAAAGGUAGACGACCUCAUCCGUAACACUGUGUGUGAGAAAAAAUUGAAAUAAAAAUCUUUCCGUUUAGAGUGGGUCAAAAUCGCGCCCAAAGAAGUCGGCUACAAACAAACAUACAAACAUACAUGUGAAGCUAAUAAAAAGCUAAAAAAAGAAGAAAAUAACAUUAUUUUAUUUAUAAGAAAUACCGUAUACCAUACAAUUUCAUUGAAAAUACAUUUAAAGCUAAUAUAAUUUCAGGAAAGAUGUGCCUACAUUUUUUUACGAUGGCUACAUUCUUUAUUUAUGACAACAAAAUCACGUUCAUAAUUUUAACAUAGUAAAUGAAAAUUUAGAAUGAUAAUUUGAUGUCGCUAGAACUAAUAACAUAGUAUAUCAAAUAUAUAUGGUUUAUCAGAUUAGUGAAUAUAUGAUUAAUACUACAAAUGCUUUAUUUAAAUCUAUGAACAAAAGAUUAUGACGUAAACAAUAGCCCCCCCCCUUAACCCCGAUCAGCUGAAAGCUGUAAUGCGACAUGCGAUAGAUUGACUAGAAAUCAGGUGUAUUU